UGUAAGACUAAGCACUAGCAGCUAAACUAAAGGCUAAAGCUAGCAACACACGGGCAAAUUGCAUUGGUUUCGCCGGCCUAAUAAGAUAUAUACCUAUCAAUAACAUAGUGGUGGAGGGGCAUCGUUCUCUCUGUGCGCUGUGAUUAUGAAACAGGAGUUCAAUKACUACUGGUGUCAGCUUCGCUGGACAUAAGAUGGCGACAGAGRUGAUACGCUUUUGGAAGCUUGGGUCAUUGAGCCGUAUCUGCACCUUCUCCCUUCUAUUUCUGUUUGUGCAUUGUCAUACGUGUAAACAUCAAGUUCCAUCUCCGUCGGAGGUUGUCCAUAAAGUGUACCUGAAGUCUGAAAGAUUAACCAAAAGAAGCUCUGAUCAACAAUUGAAGAUAACGAUAAUUUAUGAUUCAAGUGUGGACAAGUUAACUUCAAAUAAAAGYAGACUUGUGAAGGAUACACUUUUUCCACAAGCAAUUGAUUAUCUACAGAAGGCAUUUCAGGUUCGCCGGCAAGCAGGACCUGUAUUACUCAGCAGACAAUGUGUGACCAAUCAGUAUCUGAGGAAGAAAGAUGACCCUCACCGCUACUGCCAGGGAGCAUGUGCAGACAUCACUAAGUGUGGACCCGUCAUUGUUCCUGACCAUCAUCUGCAGCAAUGCAAGGUGUGCAGCGAGACAGGGAGGUCMUGUGGCUCAGCAGGGACUCCGGACGGGAAGGGGGUGGAGGGGGCUGACUUUGUCCUCUACGUCAGUGGGGUGACUACAGAACGCUGUGGACAGGAGAACAUUGUGGCCUAUGCUGCAUACUGUCAACUGGAGUCUGAGCUGGACAGACCCAUUGCUGGAUAUGCCAACCUGUGCCCCAAUAUGAUAUCCACCCAACCUCAGGAGUUUGAGGGUAUGCUGUCAACCGUCAAACACGAAGUCAUACACGCCCUGGGUUUUUCUGCAGGSCUGUUCGCAUUUUAUCACGAUGAUGAUGGCAAGCCUCUGACACCUCGGUUUGCAAGUGGACUGCCAGCAUUCAACGAGAGUUUAGGCCUGUAUCAGUGGAGUGAUGCAGUGAUACGUAAAGUGACUCGAUUAUGGGACAUCCGUGGUGGCGUGAUGGUCCGACAUGAAGUUCAUCUUCUAGUGACACCGCGUGUUGUGGAAGAGGCGAGGAGACACUUUGGCUGUCCCAUCCUGGAGGGUAUGGAGCUGGAGAACCAGGGAGGGAUGGGUACUGAGCUAAACCACUGGGAGAAGAGGCUACUAGAGAAUGAAGCAAUGACUGGAUCUCACACCCAGAACAGAGUGUUUUCUAGGCUCACCUUGGCCAUCAUGGAAGACACAGGUUGGUACAGAGCCAACUACAGCAUGGCAGAGAGGCUGGACUGGGGCAAGGGCCUGGGCUGUGACUUUGUGAUGAAGAGCUGUAAAUUCUGGAUUGAAAGGCAACGUCAGAGUCGUAAAGUGGUGACCCUUUACUGUGACACAGUGCGAGCCACACCCCUCCAGCUCACCUGCAGGCAGGACCAGCUGGCUGUGGCCGUCUGCAACCUGCAGAAGUACCCUCAGGACCUACCCCUGGACUACCAGUACUUUGACCAUAUCCCUGAAGUCUCUGUGAUGGAUCUGGCCUCCUACGGUGGAGCUGUGGAGAUAGCUGACUACUGUCCCUUCAGCCAGGAGUUUAGCUGGCACCUGAGUGGAGAGUACCAACGCAACUCCUACUGCAGGGUCCAGGAGAACCAGCCCGAUUGGUGGAGGAACUACGGAGCUGAGCAGUAUGGUCCAGACUCAGUGUGUUUGUACCAGAAGACUGCCUUCGUCAUGGAGCAGUGUACCAGACGCAUGACCUACCCUGACUGGGGAAGUGGCUGCUAUAAGAUCUCUUGCUCUACCCAGGGUCUGACGGUGUGGGUGGAGGACACUGCGUACCAGUGUGUGCGUACGGGUCAGCUGCUGAGCGUCAGUGUGCGUGUUAAUGACUGGGUAUACAAUGGAGUUCUCGUCUGUCCUGCCUGCUCAGACUUCUGUAGCGCCUGCCCUAUACCACAACAGCUCCCGUCCCUCAAUACCACCAAGAGAAUUCCUAUUGACCCUUGCUCCAGUUCCUCCAGCUUAGUGGUAACUCUGUGGCUUCUACUGUUCAACUUCAUCCCUGUGUGUGUGGAACUAACUGACUGGCUGGCUGACUGGUUGAUUGGCUGGCUGACUAACUAACUGUAAGCUUCUCUCUCUGGGACUGRGGCCCAAAUGGAACCCUAUUCCUUAAAUGGGCCUAUGGCCAUAGGUCCUGGCCAAAAGAAGUGCUCUAUGUAGGGAAUAGGGUGCCAUCUGGGACGCAAUCUGGCAGCCCGUUUUGUAGUCAACCAUACUUGGCCAUCCCACAACCUCAGGCAUCCCAUUCCAGGGUUCCACAGUCCAGUUGGAAAGGAUUUGAUCCUUGGAAAAUCAUCAAGGAAAAGUCAGGAAAGUUGUUUAGGAAUCAAUCACAUUAACCCCAUCGAAGUCAGGGAAAUUUGUGAUACUUUUGAACAAAUGUUGUUUCGUAAAACAAAAUUCAGUGCAAAAUAUGUAUUUUACAUAUGUAUUGUAAGUUUAAAUGCCUGAAAGAAGGAUAUCUUACCACAAUACCUUAUCUGUCCAGUUUAGACACAUUUGUACAACCUAGAACUUCUUUUAAUGUUGCAGUUUUGGAACAGACAAGAAAGACCGUGGCCCAUUGUGAAUGACGUUCAUGAAAUUGCUAGAUACUUUCAGAAAAGGGGAAAAAAAGCCAUUGAUUGCACUUUUCUUUUUGUUAAACUAACAAACGAGGCACCAGUAAGCUGUAYGCAAAAUCCGAAGAAGCCAUACCCCAAGUGUAGCUAGAUGAUCACGGUGAGGUGCCGGUGCUACUUUAUGUAUGACCCCCUAUCCUAACACUAAGACAUACUAUAUUCCCCUCAGGGGACUGUAYCAUAUUCAGUUUCCUAGUGUUGUCAUGUAAGGUUUGUUACAUUCUUAGAACGCACAUGAAACAUAUACAUUUUCAGUUAGCAUUUUUAUAGCAAGUUGUCAGAUGAUUCAACGCCAAUCAAUGUAACAAUGCGGUAUUUAACAUUCUGACAGCAGAUUGUUAUUAGCGUGUAUUUGUUUCCUGGUGAAAGGUCCAUAUCUGGCGAACUCGGAAGGUGCUCUAAAAGCAUCUAGUAUCCCACCAAAAUUGAUAUUUUAAGGGCCUAACUAAGCCCUUAAAAUAUCAAUUUUGGUGGGAUAUUAGAUGCUUUUGAUGAUUUUGUAGAUGCAUGCGUGAAAAUAAAGGUAUAUCUGAAAGUAAAAUGGCACUAAGACUAUUUCACAGUGCAGUAAAGUUAGGCAGGCUAGUAGUCAUGAUACUUGAUGGAGAUUGUAGUUGAAACUUAUUUUUUAUGAUUUUCAUAAAUAAUGGACUAAUAUAUAUUUUUUAAAUAACAUUUUACUGGUGAGGGAGGGAACAAGGCUUUUUAUAUUAAUAAUUGUUUGUUUGAUGCCUUCAAAUCCCCUAUGACGAGCCAGAGAUUAUGUGGAAUUCACCCUGUACGUAUUAUGUGUCUGUCAUGUGGGAAAAUGAAUUGUGAACAGCCCUAUUGUACACCUUCUGAAGUGAAUAGGGACUUCCCAGUUUCAGAUACUCUUUCAGCUUUAUUCCAUAGUACCUAUAAUGGCAUAUAUUUAGUAAUGCAAUUAUAUAGUACUUACACACAGUUAUACAGUAGGACUUACAGCUAUAUAUUCAAUUUAAAGUUAAAGGGUUAAAAAGCAUCAAGUACUAUAUGAUGGUUAUAUGCCUCUAGUAUUCCAGUGAAUCUGGUAUAAGCCCACUGUAAUGUAGUGUUGACAUAUUUGACUCGAGUGACUUGUUAUUUUGUAAGGUUGUCUAAUUUCAGUUGAUAUGGUAUGCUUUUACCAAAUUUUAAUGUUCCUCUAUUAGUGAAGUAACAUCAGUUAAUUUAGCUAUUUAACUUGAAUCUUGUAAGUUUCAUGGUGUAUGGUAUGGUUUUUAUAAAUAUGGCAUUCAAAUUGCCCCUCUUCUCUAAGCACUCCACUGAAUAUUGAGUAAUUAAUUGAGCAUAUACACUUGGUAUGAAACAAUUUGGCAACCUUACAUUUUAUUGUUAGGUUAAUAAUAGCAUUAUGMUUUUUAUGCUACUGCUGUUUCUGAAGAUAUGAAAAAGUGAUUGCAAUAACUGUGAUAAACAAAUGAGCAGCUACCGAUUUUUGCCCAUUAGUUUAAAUAUAUAUMAAUUAUUUUCCUAUAUAGUAGGCCUAGAUCUUAAGAAACUUGUUGUUUUUAAGUUUAAUUAUGGAUCCAGUUGUAUUUGUAUUGUGGGUCAUUUUGCAGCUGCUUCUAGAUGUUUACUUUUCUGUAUGGUUGCCCARAGGGUCUACAUCAAUUAUGGGAACAUUUGUAUUUCAUCAUGAGAAGGAACAAAACUGUAAUGUGUUGAUGAGGUGGAUUGAGACCAUAAAAUGGCUGAGUGUGAUUGUUGGUGUAUCUGUUGAGAUUACUGUACCAGAAUGCUGCUUAAGGGGAUAGUUUAAUAUUUUUUAUGGAAAAGACAYGUUAGAUUAUUCACCUUUUUGUAAUUUGUACCCAUGCAAUUGUCUGUGUUAGAAUGACUUGUUUGUUUUUUGUUUUUUAGUUCCAUUCCAGGGCUACWAGUGAAGGAUGGCAGUGCUUUCAUUUGUGAUCUUUUUUUAUGUUUUAUGUUAUGUUUUUUUUUCUUACAGCUUACUGGUGGCAAUCUUCUGAGUCAUUGUGAGUGAAUAUGAAAAGAAUAUGACAUUUACAAAUGUUAAUUUUCUCAACAUGAAGAAACAUGUGACGUUUGUUUGAAACAGUACAAAUAAAGAACAUGCAUAUACA